UUGAAAAAGCCGCGCCUGGGAAGCCGGCAGCCAGUCUUGAGUCUCAAUCCUGCAAAGGAAGCAGCAACGCCACCCUCCUUUGGGCAAGGCAUUCCCUCUCAAUUGAGGGACCCCUUCCCAUCCAAAGGGAAAUAGAUCUAUUUAUUUUGGCAAAAGUAUUGGUGCAACAAGGACCCAUCAUCCAGGAGAGGCUUGGGGCACCUUUGCAACCCCAGGAGAGGCUUGGAAAGAGGACCAAGAAGGAGGAGGAGAAGAAGACCCCCCAACCUUGGUUGAUUCCUUACUUGCGGGGACUCUGACCCACUCCCCUCCGUUUCCCUCCUCUCCCGCGACCCCCAAAGGUGGAGCCUUCGCUGGGGAAGAUGCCCAUGGAGCUGACGCAGAGCCGCAUCCAGAAGAUCUGGCUCCCGCCGGACAACCACCCGGCCCUGCCCCACCGAUCCUGCGGUCCGCAGCUCACCAAUUCUCCCACUGUGAUUGUGAUGGUUGGCCUCCCCGCCCGCGGAAAGACCUACAUUUCCAAGAAGCUGACACGCUACCUCAAUUGGAUUGGCGUGCCAACAAAAGUGUUCAAUGUUGGGGAAUAUCGCAGGGAGGCUGUCAAACAUUACAGCUCCUAUGACUUCUUUCGCCCUGACAAUGAGGAGGCUAUGAAAGUCCGGAAGCAAUGUGCCUUAGCUGCCUUGAGAGACGUCAAGGUGUACUUGUCUGAGGAAGGGGGUCAGAUUGCGGUUUUUGAUGCCACAAACACGACCCGAGAGAGAAGAUCAAUGAUCUUGCAUUUUGCCAAAGAAAAUGGAUUCAAAGUGUUCUUCAUUGAGUCAGUCUGCAAUGACCCAACUGUUGUCGCCACCAACAUCAUGGAAGUGAAGCUGUCUAGCCCAGAUUAUAAGGAUUGCAAUUCCAAUGAUGCUAUGGAAGAUUUUAUGAAGAGGAUCAGUUGUUAUCAGUCGAGUUACCAGCCUCUUGACCCAGACGACUAUGACAGAGAAUUAUCGCUUAUCAAGGUGAUUGAUGUCGGCAGGCGCUACCUAGUGAACAGGGUUCAAGACCAUAUCCAGAGUCGCAUAGUCUACUAUUUAAUGAACAUCCAUGUCCAGCCCCGCACCAUCUACUUGUGCCGGCACGGCGAGAGCGAAUCCAACCUCAAAGGGAGGAUUGGAGGAGACUCGGGGCUCUCCAGCAGAGGCAAGAAGUUUUCCAUUGCACUGAAACAUUUUGUCCAGGAGCAGAACCUGAAAGAUCUUAGGGUCUGGACCAGUCAGUUGAAGAGGACAAUCCAGACAGCAGAAGCCCUUGACUUGCCCUAUGAGCAGUGGAAGGCCUUGAAUGAAAUUGAUGCCGGUGUGUGUGAAGAGAUGACGUACGAUGAAAUAAAGGAGAAGUAUCCCGAAGAGUUCACUUUGCGUGACCAGGACAAAUACUACUAUCGCUAUCCAUCAGGAGAGUCCUACCAAGAUUUGGUGCAGCGUCUGGAGCCGGUCAUCAUGGAGCUGGAGAGGCAGGAGAAUGUCCUCGUCAUCUGCCACCAAGCCGUUAUGCGGUGUCUCCUGGCCUACUUCCUUGACAAGAGUGCAGAGGAAAUGCCUUACUUGAAAUGCCCACUCCACACAGUGCUAAAGCUGACUCCUGUGGCCUAUGGUUGCAGAGUGGAGUCCAUCUCCUUGAACGUGGAGGCGGUGAACACCCACCGGGACCGACCGGAGGUGAGGGCCCCCCCGUCGCCCGUUGAGCCCUCCUCCCCCCCGCCUUGUGUGCAGGGAAAGGCCCUGGGUAGACGUCUGUGUUUUAGAAAAACGCUCAGAGACGGAUGCCCUCUCCUUGAUGCAAAGAAGGGACCUAACACCCUCAUGAGACGCAAUAGCGUCACCCCUCUAGCGAGCCCAGAGCCCACCAAAAAACCUCGCAUCAACAGCUUUGAGGAGCAUGUGGCCGCUGCCGCCGCCGCUGCUGCCGCUUCCGCUACCCUGCCCACCAUCUGUAUUCCCCCGGAGGUGCCCACCCAGGUGCCUGGACAACCUUUACUGGGGAAAGCCUGCCUAACCUGAACUGUUCCCAGAAGCAAUCUUGAAUUUUCUUGGGUCGAAGCUUGAAAAACCGCCGACGGAAGCCCGGCUCCUUUGCAUCACCAUCCAUCCUCCGAAGCUUGCGUCUGCUGUACGAACGACUCAUUUGACAUGAGGCUGAUGGCCCUGGAAGAUGAUCACCUGCCUGCCUUUCUGGACUGAACAGAAAUUGAGAGUUUUUGGGAAAGGCAGGGGAAAUAGAGAAAGAGAGACUGAGAAGAGGGAGAAGGAAAAACAAAGCAUCUCAUAAUGUAAACACUGGAUUACGCUGGUCGCUCCUCCCCAGUAGACUACAGUAGGCUCCAAUGUACUACGUUGCAAACUGUUAUAUCCUAAUCAAUUUUAUUUUUUGUUAUGAUUUUUGUAAAGUGACACUGUUGCCUUGCUGAGGAAGGAGGAGAGGCGGCACACUGUGUUUGCAAAACCAGACGGUCUCUGUGCACAUAUGAGAAAAGUAGUUUGAGAGGAGGUCAUAAAGGCUGCUCUUGGAGUCACUAACCAGUGUGUCUGCUCUCAAAACAGUUUGCAUGUCUCUUGUAUACACUCCACUUAGGAAAUAUGUUGGUCACCUGCAGAACUUGUGCCAGUUUUGGGAUUGAGAAUGGGGAAGAAUUUGCAAUGUCUCCUUCCAAAGAGGGAAUUUCAGCUGCCUUUCUGGGCUGGGAAAUCUCUUUGCUGAUAAACAUAGCAUGCAGCUGAUGGCCUGGGUUGCGGGUGAUAAGUGGAACGUGACGGUCUGAAAAUAUUGUUGAUUUUGAUUUGACCGAAUGGAUAAAAGAAGCAUGUAUGUAUUGUGUUUUUUUUUGCAAGCUAGCUUUUCACUUUAUUUUUACUUCCUUCUGCCUUUUCACCCCAUUUAUGCAGGGCAUUAAUCCAGCUGUAAAGGAAGCGUAGAAGACUAAUCUGUUGACGUUGCUUUUGGGGAUGCGCCGAGGAUUAGUUGGCUGUUUCUGUUAGUUCUCUAGGGAUGCACCUUGACCAUUUACUCCUUUCCAUUUCCACCAGUGUCAUUUCCCUACAUGCAAGACAGCCUGCCUUCUUCCAUAUUCUGCUUCCCCUUCCUUUUCCCCCAACAAAGCCUCCCAAAUGCGAGCAUGGAUAGAUCUUGAUCCAACAAAGGAGA